CGGGGGUCGGGGGCUCCGAUAUAUGCGUCCCCCUAGCCAAAGGGAGAGAGAGGGGGGCGCGGAGCAAGAGAGGAGAAGAAGCGGAAGGAGUGGGGAGGUGAGGAGGGAAAGGAGGAGUCGAGCAGAGCAGCAGCAGGAGGGGGAGGAGGAGGAGGAGGAGCCCAAGGGUGUCGACAGAGGGAAGCCAUUAUGAACCCGGGCUUAAAGGGAGGAACAAUGGUUAUGGCAGCAGUCGCUUUGUGGACGGUGACUCUCCUCGCUCCGGCUCCUCGGCUCUGCUUCGGAGCUGAGGUCGCCUGCGAUCCCAACUCAUCAUGUCAGGCCUGGGCCGUUUAUCGGGCUGUUGACGGCACAACUUUGAGCGACCUGGCCGGUAUAUUCAACGUUACCGACGAGACCAUAAGGGCUGAAAAUGGAAGCCAAUACCUGCAACCCCAGGGUGGCACGACGGACUACGUUCCCCCGAACACGACCUUGCGGAUCCUUUUGAAAACUUGCCGAUGUGUACGCAAUCUAGAUGUCCAUCACGGUGGCGAUGGAACGUCUAACGGUAAUAAUGACAACAACAACAACAAUAACAACAACAACAACAACAACAACAAAGGUAAAGACCCCUCUUUACUCAGCGGAAUGGUGGCGUCGUUGUUGUAUUCAAACGGGAAUGGCCGGGGGGUGACGGCUGAAGAGGUGGCUAGGGUGUUCGGCUAUUUGGUUAGCGCUGAUCAGAUAGUGUACUCGAGCAAAGCCAAUCAGGCGGACGAGAGGAGGGUGACAUGGAACGUCUGGAUCCCGUGCAAGUGUGGCGGCAGCAUGGCCGAGGCCAAGGGAAGCGUGGGGGCGGCCCCGGGGAACACGUCGGACCCAGCGCCACCGUUGCAAUUUGCUACCUACGUGGCUCCGGAUAACGGAGCGUCGGUCAGGAAACUCGCGUCCAUGUACAAUUCAACGGAGGUUCUCAUUCGACAAAAUAACGACAACAUUGCGAAGAGGGAAAACAUCUCUAGGGCUGAGCUGAUCUUCAUACCGCUUGAUGUGCCGCCGGUGACUAUUCAGCGAAGCGAACCACAGCCAAGUGCACCACAGCCAAGUGAACCCCAGCCAAGUGAACCAGAGCCCACCACAAGGUAGGGAACUCUGCAUGGGCCUGUGAAUUGUUUUUUAUGUGAAAUACCGUUCAGGUUCUCCAGUCAGGCGCUGUAGUUUGGGUUGCACGUUUUGCACAUGUCCCCGUGCCAUUUUAAAAUUCAGAUUGACAUAGAAACACCAAUGGGGCUAGCUCAGUUGGAACACCCACGAACUGUUGAGGUACAGGCCCAAGUUUGAAUCCAAAUACAAUCAGAUGACCAGAAUAAAAUCAUUCUGAAUUA